GGCACUGCUGAAGUUCUGAAAAGGAAAAAAAAAACAGAGUAAGCAGCAGCAAGGUGGCAGGAGAAGUUUUCCUAGAAAAUGGCAGUAGAAAUGGAUUAGAAAAGCUGAAAGAGAGGAAAGAGGGUGUAGCGAGAGAAUGGCAGUAGAAAUGGAUCCAGGUUUUUCUCCUCAUUUACUGUUCUGCUUCUUCCAAAGGAGAUGCCUAGGGUACAUGAUUUCUUGAGAAGAGCACCCUGUACUGCAGCUGCAGGGGUCAACACACUCCACUCCAUCACUAAUCAGGUCAGACAUUCAGGUGCCAGAUGCACACUCUCAAGCUGCCACCCAUCUGGCAAAAUUGUACUGUUCUUGUGCUCGCUCAAACAUAAAUCCGUGCCUGAGAAACAGUAUAAGCUCGCAUACAUAAAUAAGCUCACCUGCUACCACACACAAGCUGCACACUCCACAACAGUGGCAGCCACCGGAGAGGGAGAAGGGAGGAGCGAGCGGCAGCCAUGGCGGGGUGCUACGUGGGGAAGGCGACCAAGAUCUUCUUCGCCGUCGUGGCCGCGCUCGCCGUCGUCGGCAUCGUCGUCGCCUUCGCCGCCGUCGUCCACCGCGCCAACUCCCACUCGAGCUCCGCCUCCGCCUCCGCCUGCGACGCCGCCGGCGGAUGCCGGCCGGUCCCGCCAGAGCCCGUCGGCACGCAGCCAUCCUUGCCCUCCAUCGCCGCCCCCGAGUCGCCAUCCCCGCCGCCGCCGAUGCAGCCAAAUCCCGACCUUCCUGCCCCCGCCACCGCCUUGCCGCAGCCACCGCCAGCUCCAAUUUCGUCUCCCUCGCCUCCGGCCGCCAUGGUGGUGCCGCCGCCGCCAGCAAUUGCGCCACCCUCGCCGACCACUGCGUCUCCCCCACCUCCGGCCGCGCUGGUACCGCCGCCGCCGGCGAUUGCGGCAUCCCCUCCCCCCGCCGCGCUGGUGCCCCCUCCGCCGGCGGAUAUUGCGGCAUCCCCUCCUCCCGCCGCUCUGGUGGCCCCUCCGCCGGCGCCGCUCUCUCCCCCGCCGGCGGCCCCGAGCCCAACGGCGUCCUGAUGCUGCAAGCUGCUGCCGUCGUCGAUUCUUGGCUGCUCCAUCUUGAGUAUGGCUCGAUCUCAGACUCAGAAGCAGAUUCGCUCAGGGGAAUGCACGCAGAGAUAGAUUUCAGAAUUCUAGUGCACGAGAUUCAGUUUCAGGGAUCAGGACACAUAGAAUUAGUUUGCAGUUUCGCCUGGCUAUGUAAGAUUCUUCAUCCCCAUAGGGAUUUCACCGGAUCAAGUCUUGUAAUGUUGACUCUUGUUUACUCUCUGCUGACAAUUUUGUGUUCCUCCAUAGAAACCAGUUCUUGGUUCAUGACUGAAUCUACCAAAAAAAAUCA